CUACGAGAAGUGUUAAUUAUAUGACAAUUUAUGCUGUAAAUCUUUUGGUUUAUUCAUACGAUGAACGUGUAUACAACUUUCAUCCAUAAGAUAAUUAUUAAAUGUAUAUUAUUUAAGUGUAAAUUAAAUGAAAAGGUAUAAGAUGGAAAAUAAUCCUACGAAAGUAAUAGAAAAUAUGAAUGAUUUCAACGAUGAAUCCAAAUCUUUUACGUCAAGACAUAGAAAAUUUCUCUUAAUCACAUUGAUGGUGUGCAAUUAUUGGAUGGGGAUUAGUUAUGUCCUACUGAUUCCACUUUUUCCUGAAGAAAUGAAGAAGCGAGGGAAUCGUCCAUUUUUAUAUGAAGCCGUAUUAUCUAUUUAUCAGAUAAUAGUCAUUUUUUUCUCGCCUUUUGUCGGAAAAAUACCUAUAAGACCGAAUGUUUUAGCUUAUGGUUCACUUUUAUUGUCUGGAUCUGCAGCCUUUUUAAUGGCGGGAAUUUCCUAUUUGCCUUGGAAUAUCGCAUUCUACGUUUUAGCCUUCCUGUCUAGAAUAUUGGAUGGAAUAGGAAGCACAAUUUACUCUGCUUUCAUAUACAGUUUGAUAGUUACUAUAUUUCCACGAAACAGAGCUAUUAUCAUUGCCAUGAUGGAGACACUUAAUGGUUUAGGUAUGCUUACUGGCACUGUUUUUGGAGCAUUAUUUAGUGAGAUUGGAGGAUACAGUUUACCAUAUUUGAUUUUGGGUACUUUCUUAUUUAUGUCUUCUCUACUUGCUAGAAAAUAUUUACCGUGCGAAAGAGAAGACCUUAAGACAGAAUUUAUAGAAUUAAAGAAAUUAAUCUUCCAUCAUCAUUUCCUAAUGAAUUUAUUAAUCUGUUUUAGCGCUUAUUUUGCCAUUGGUUUCAACAGCAACACACUAGAAGAGAGUUUAAAUCGUUUUCAUCUAGACAAGAAGAUUCUCAUGCCAAUUACCAUUGGUUUGAAUUGCGUAUACGUAAUUUGUGUACCACUUUGGGGUCGUUUGUGUGAUUAUUUGGAUAACGUUCGAGUUCUUACAGGAGUUGCGGUUUCAAUUACGUGUUGUGGUUUCUUUCUUGUAGGACCUCCACCAUUCAUCCCUUUUAGAAGUUCGCUUUGGUUGGUUAUUGUUUCUGAAAUUCUCCUGGAUGCUGGAAUUGGAGGACAGAUUAUAUGCGCUUUCUUCGAUGGUAUUCAAGGUACAAUGAAGAGAGGCUUUCCUGAUGAUGUCCACACUUACUCAGCCAUUUUUGGAAAUCUUUUAUCGGCGACUGCAACUGGAUGUUUAAUAGGUCCUUUCUUAGGUCAAAUAUUCAGUCGAUACUAUGGAUAUGCUACUGCUACUUUCUUCGCUGCGGUGGUAGAGUUUGUUAUUACAACUAUCGUUUGGGCUUAUAUUUUAUGGAAGAGGAUUUCAAAUGGGGAUCAAGAAGAGCGCAUCAGUUUAUUAUCUUCAAAAUCUUGAUUUUUAAUAAUUAUGCUUUUCAAUAAGAGCAAAAUUAAACAAAUUUUUUCCAACUAUUUUGAAUGUCGAAA